CUUCCUUGAAACUAGAGCAUUUGAGCUGGUCUGACUUCAGGAUCAUUUCUUCGGGUUGAUUCUGCUUCUCGAUGAGAGUGAUGUUUCUCCCACAUGGAUGCCAGAUGAAACCUGUGUUGCCAACUUCAACACCCAUGAAAGGCCCUCUUUCUUCGUCUCCCAUUUCCACCGACUCCCGGCAUCGGUUGGCAUCCACAGAGGAUGACACAGGCAAAACUAAAGCCCAAAAGCUGAAAGUUGUCGGAGGAGACGACCGCAAGUUCCUAUUUCCAGAGAGCAGCUCCGGUCGCAAGCUUUCGUCUUUGAAGCUUGCUCUGUUCGUCCUCGCCUGUUGCAUGGUUCUAACGCUUGCCUUCUCCCCCAUAACUCGCAAAGAUCAACUACUGCACUCAAGUUCAGGGUCUCGGUUUGGAGACGUAGCACGGAUUUGGCAAACGACGCUCGCAGAUCCUCGAUAUAUCUCGCGUUUGGAUGUUGAUUGGGGCCAAGUAUCAAGCACUCUCGAGGAUAUCGACUGUGCCGGAGAUGGAAAUCUCAGAAUUGGCUUGCUAAAUUUCAACUUGUCCGAGGUCAGAUCUUGGCAGCAAACACUGCCGCCACAUGCAGAGCUUUCCUCGGUGCAUCUGGAUCACGCUGACACAAACCUCACCUGGGAGCUUCUCUACCCCGAGUGGAUCGACGAGGAAGAGGAGAGUGGAGUAGCGCCCGCUUGUCCCUCUCUUCCUCAGCCUCGCGUCAAGAGAGGGUCAGAAAGUUUCCAACUUGUCGCCGUCAAGCUGCCCUGUGACAGGUCAGGGCGCUGGUCCAGGGAUGUCGCCAGGUUGCACCUGCAGCUUGUAGCAGCCAAACUGGCUGCUGCCUCUGCGGCACUCCGUGUCCUUCUCACCGAUUGCCUCCCUCUUCCCAACCUCUUCACCUGCAGAGAUCUCGUGAGGCACGAAGGGAGUCUUUGGCUGUACAAGCCUGAUCCAGCGACACUGGAGGAGAAGCUUCGGCUUCCGGUUGGGUCAUGCGAACUUGCAAUCCCAUAUGAAGAGAAAGUGCGGAUCUACACGGAGGCCGGGAAACGAGAAGCAUAUGCUACGAUACUGCACUCGGCAGAGCACUACGUGUGCGGAGCGAUCGCCGCAGCCCAAAGCCUUCGCUCGUCGGGAUCUGCGAGGGAUCUCGUCAUCCUCGUGGAUGAAACGAUCAGCCGACGCGAUCGAGGCGGCCUGGAAGCUGCAGGGUGGAAGCUGAGAACCAUCGAGAGGAUACGCAACCCCAAGGCCAAGCGCGACGCCUACAACGAGUGGAACUACAGCAAGUUCCGGCUGUGGCAGCUCACCGACUACGACAAGGUGGUGUUCAUCGACGCCGACCUGCUGGUGCUGAGGAACAUCGACUUCCUCUUCGCGAUGCCGGAGGUGAGCGCGGUGGGGAACAACGCCACCCUCUUCAACUCCGGCGUCAUGGUGGUGGAGCCCUCCGACUGCACGUUCCGGAUGCUGAUGGAUCACGUGGACGAGAUCACCUCCUACAACGGCGGCGACCAGGGCUACCUGAACGAGAUCUUCACGUGGUGGCACCGCGUGCCGAGGAACACGAACUUCCUGAAGCACUUCUGGGUCGGCGACACGGAGAGGAGGAAGGCGAAGAAGAACGGCUUGAUGGGGGCGGAUCCACCGGCUCUGUACGUGCUGCACUACCUGGGGCUGAAGCCGUGGCUGUGCUUCCGGGACUACGAUUGCAACUGGAACCUGCAGUCGUACCGGGAUUUCGCCAGCGACGCGGCCCAUGCGACGUGGUGGAGAGUGCACGACGCGUUGCCGGAAAACCUUCGGGGGUUCUGUCUUCUGCCGACGAAGACGAAGGCGUACUUGGAGCACAUCCGGAGGCAGGCGGAGAAGGCGAAGUACCCCGACGGGCACUGGAAGCAGAACAUCACCGAUCCAAGAUUGGGUGUUUGCGCCGAGGAGUUCUGCUCUUGGGAGAGCAUGCUGCUGCAUUGGGGUGAGGCCAACUCGCCCCAUGAUUCUGCUGCAGCUCCGCCUAGCUCAUAGCAAUCAGGGUAGAAACAGAGGAAGACGAUCUGACACAUGUUCUUGCUUCAUCUUGCAUUCUACUGAGCCUGCUCGAUUUAGGACGGCCAUGGAAGAGCGCCUGCGUAGCUCACACUCUGUGCCAUCAGCAAGAAUUCACCAAGCAAAUCUCAGACUCAUAUUUUGUUCUAAUUCCUGCCAUAAAUUUCACAAGAUUUCUCCACUCUGCAUGGAAGAUUUGAGUGAUCAUUUGAUGCGUCGUAGUGUCUUCUGCAUGGAGGAUGAUAGAAUUUGGAGCAGUAAUCAUGUAAUAAGCUAAAGAACAGUAUCAACAUGCGAGUAAAUUCUUGACUGUGA